GCCGCGGGAGGAGGAUGAGGCGGGCGGCGGGGCGGCGGCGGCGGCGGCGGCGCGGAGGAUGAAGUGGAGCGUGCGGGGAGCCUGCGCCGCGCUCUCCAGCUGCCUCCUGCUCGCCUGCGCCCUCAGCGCCGCCGCCGUGGGCCUGAAGUGCUUCUCGCUGGGCUCCGAGCUGAAGGGAGAGCCCUUCCGCCUGGGCACCGCCGCCGGCGCCUUCUACUCGGGGCUGCUGCUGGCCGCCGGCCUCUCGCUGCUCGCCGCCGCGCUACUCUGCUGCCGCCCGCCCGACGAGGCGCCCGCGGUCCCGGCCCCGGCCCCGGCUCCAGCCCCCGACCCCGGCGGCGGCGCCGGCCCCGGCUCCGGCUCCGGCCCCGGCUCCGGCUCCGGCUCCGGCUCCUGCCCCGGCUCUGGCGCCGGCCCCGGCCCCUGUCCCGGUGGGAGCGAAGCUGCGGCAGCCGCGCCGUCGGGGCCGGGGGAGAAGGCGUCGCCCGGGGGGCGGCAGAACUUCCUGCUGCUGGGGGUGCUGGUGUUCAUGCUGGGCGUGCUGAGCGCUUUCGCCGGCGCCGUCAUCGACGGCGACACCGUGUCGCUGGUGGAGAGGAAGUACUCGCACUACUGCCUGCUGCAGCCCGGCGGCGCGGCCCGCCCGCGGAGCAGUCCCGCGGUCCCCGACGGCUCGGCGGCGGCGCUCCGCUGCCAGAAGCUGCGGGACUACCAGCGCGGGUUGGUGCUCUCCACCGUCUUCAACGCGCUGGAGUGCCUGCUGGGCCUGCUCAACCUGCUCCUCGUCAAGAACUACAAGGCCUCGCAGCAGCGCGGGCGCCGGCGGAGGCGGCGGAGAGCGGCUCCGGCGGCGGCGGCCCCGGCGGGCGGGAGGCGGCGGCGGCGGAGGGGCGGCGGCGGGCGGCGGGUGCCUCGCCACAGCCAGGGCUCGCUCUUCUCGGGCGGCGAGUCCGAGCUCAGCCCCGGUGACUGCCCCUUCCAGGCCGUCUCCUACAUCAACGUGGGGGUCUUCCACGUCUUCGACGAGGCCGGCGUGGAGGUGCACUGCGGCGGGCACCCGUCCGUCGAGCUGCCGGGCUACUCGCCCAUGGAUCCCGAGCUCAACGCCUCCUACCCGUACUGCUACCCGCUGCCCAGCGAGCAGCCCCCCGCCUACGAGGAGAUCUACCCCGGGGAGCCCUGCGCCCACGGCACCUAGCGCCGCGCCCCGACGGCACCGCCAGCGGCAGCGGCUCCGGGGGCAAAGCGCUGCGGGGCUCGGGGCGGCCGCCGGCCUCCGAGUGCACGGCCCCGCGCUGCGCGUCUGUCUCUGCGGAAGCUCUCUCUCCCUGCUCUCCUCUCGCUGUCCCUGCGUCCGUCUGUCCGCCGGCGGCUAGGUUCUCCAAAGGCUGCGCAAGAAAUGCCGAAGGGUUGGUUCCUCCCGCCGCCUCUCCUCCGUAGCCAAGUUUAGUUCCCUUGAAGUGAUUCAUCAGUCUCCAGCUUUAGCAGUCCAGAGUUACCCAUUUAUGAUAACCAGCCAGUGUAAGGAAAAGGUGUCAUGAAGCUUCUUUACCUCUCAAAAGAGCUAAAUUUCUGAACAACGCAGAGACAUUCGUGUCACGUUUACUAGAGAUGUAUUGGGGAUCUUUAACGUUUACACUACUCCUCGGGAGAAUUGAGUUCUGUUCUAAGAUUUAGUGAGUUAAAACAUUUGUCAGUCUUGUAAGAUGCACAUCGAGAAAAACCUGCACUUUGAAAAAGAAACAGGAAAAAAAUCAACAACGUUUUUGUACACUAACGUGCCUGCUUUUGUUGAUAACUUCUUACUGUAAAAGCUUUCAGAAGUCUAUAGUGAAAAUGUUUGGUAAAUUCACUGCAGUUUAAAAUCGAUGAUUAGUUCCUUUACUAAAACAGCUAGGAUGUUGCUAGGAUAUGGCAGUUACAGGGGAGUCCAAAUGUCAUACACAUUCCUUUUUGUAAACAGGUUCUGUGUUUUUAUGCGAGGCAGGAUUUCUUUUCGGUUUACACAGGUGAAGGUUUAAUUCUAUUUUGUACAACUACAUGGUUUACCUUGUAAAGAGUUCCAUUUUACCUGUUACGGUCCAUCAAUCUGGUAAGCUUGAAUAUUAAAGUUUUAUUUGAAAUAUAUAUAUAUUGUAAAACAGCCUUAACCGGUGCAGUGGUCACAGUUUUAAAGGAAAUAGGAAAAAAAAAAAGAAAAAAAAAGAAGAAACCCCCCCCCCCCCAUCUUGGAAGGCAUCUUCCGAAUGUGUUUUCAGAGCAGUAUUUACUCCUGUUACAGAGAUUUAAUUUUUUUUUUCCUUUCAAAGAGGCCACUUUAAUUCCAUAGGAGGGGGGAAAUGAUAAUAAUAAUAAUAAUAGGAUUGUGUGCUGUUAACUCCUUCUGAACUUGGAGGUGUGAAAAAGGCAGAAAGAAACUGCUAAAUGCUGUUCCUGGAUUCUGCCUUGGAAUGCCAGAGUCAAGGUGGUGUCAGAAAGUGCCAGCUAAGGAAGUAGGUACCGCAUGUUGUCUUUACAUCUGUCCAGGACAGGUGAAAGCUUAAUUUCAUGCUGCACGGAGAACCCAAAAGCAGCUCUCCAGAUUGCUUUCAGUUCAGCACCCCCAGGAACCCUAUGCUGAAAUGGAGCUUUACAAAAUGACCUUUCUGUUCCUCCUGUUUGGAGCCUGCUGCAUAGCACCCGUGUCUCAGAUACCAGAGAGAGAGUUAAGGGAAUGCAAAGUUACAGUGUAUUUCUGUGGUCCUGGAAAAUUGUUCUAAAACCUUUAGCUGCAGAGAGACUGACGUAAUUUACAGCCUUAGAAUUGGAGAGAGACAAUUUUAGCCUAAAAAUAACCAAAUCCUUCUGCAUUGUUUUGUUUUCUAAAGAGUUUUCACUUGCACGCUUUAUAUAACCUGAAAUUCAGAAUGCCUUAGAAGUCUUGAAAUUGCAGUCUGUGGUCUGCAAAACUCAUAGUGACAGCCCUCACCUAGGGAAGACAGUCUGAAGCAGCAUGCCCAGGCUGCCAGGAGCUGCAGAAAUCUAAGGCGGCACCUUUUGGGCAGCAGAUUUCCUUGUGCAGAGGGCCAGCCUGGGACAUCUGCUCUGGGCAUGUCUCAUGUUAGCACUGGAGAUGGGCUCUAUGGUGGCUGUGUGCUGGCUGUAUGGUUGGUUGUGUGCUGGCUGUAUGGCUGCCUGCAUGCUGGCUGUGUGCUGCCUCUGCAGAUCACCUUCUUAACCCCUUGCAGAGAAGUCAGUUAAAAGUCUUUACCUACAAUAUCAACUGAGGCACAGAAUUGAAUUGGCAGCAUGCUGUCUUGCUUAUAUACCAAAAUAUCCUGCAAAAAACGAGUUACAAAAGUAGGGAGGUUAAAUCCUUACACAGGUCUCUGCACAGAUGAGUUUAAUAGCACGGCACAGCACCCUGUACUGAGUUAAAUAGGAACUGCCCAGCUGCAGAGUGAGUUUGGAAGACAGAUCAGCAAGGUGCCUACAUACAGAUUGAGAAGUGAUAGUUGUUGGCUUUAAAAAAUAAUAAAAAAUUGGCUGUUCAUGUAAGUUGAAUCUUAGUUUUACUUAAGGAAUUGAUUUUUGACACAAAAAACAGUAUUUUACGCAACUCUUCUAGGAAUUGUGGACUAGAUGAUUCUGAAACUCCAGAUGUUCCAAAGAUCAGUGCUCAGGGAAAUAAAUGGAAAGUUGAGAAAGCUACCUAUUCUACUCAAUUGUUUAAUGUGAACAAUUUUAAUCUAUGAAUUUUUAAGAUUGUUAAAUUCAUAACUUUCUUUUGUGUGUGCGUGUGCACGCGUGUGUGUAUGGGUGUUUGCAUUUUAUUUGAAUCUGUUCAGGAUGCCAUUGAAUUAGAAUAUUUCUUUGUGGCUCAGUUUCAGUUCCCAGAUUUCUAUUUUCCCUCAUUUAGGUUUUGACCCCUGCACAGGAGCUCAGUUUAGUGGUGGACAGCUUGCCAGAAUGAUGUCCAAGUCGGGCUCCCACAGAAGCCAGUAGGCACCAUUUCUUUUACUUCAGUGGGUCUGGGCAUAGAUGAUACCUAACAUCUAUUCCAAAGGAAUAUCGAUCUUCUGGCACAAUGGGAUGCGGCAGAGGCAUAUUAUUUCUCAGUUAUUUAUUAGUUGUAUGGACAGCAGUAUUAAGGGAGGUCACUUACGGUAUUAUACACUUUUUUUUAAAAAACAGGGAAAAAAUGAUUGGUAGGCAAAUUGACCAAACAAGCCAUGUUUUCUUAAAGAUGGUAUACAAGUGUUUCAGGUACCUGGUGAGUAACUUUUCAGAUAAAACACCACACGUAUUUAUUUCUCAGUGAGAAGAAGCUUGUAACUACAGGAUUCAAGAUGAAGCUUCACGAGCGUGAUUGCAGUAUGGUGAAGCCAUUUUUAGCAAACCUGAAUCAUCACUCUAUCUUCUGAGCAAUAAUGUUAGAGUGUAUAAACUGUACUGUGCCGAAAUUGAAAAUAGGCUGGUGUGGGAAGCAUUGGAGCGUAGGUUAAUUACCUGAGAGGACUCAUCCCAUCCCUUUGUUUUCCAUUCUCUGUCACAUGAGUGUCAAGGCGAAUGCAAACCCGAUCGAUUCAUGUCACCGGAGGAUGCUAAUUACCAGGCUUUUGCCUUAAAUAGCAAAAACGGGGAGAACGGAAGAGAGAUGUUGUGUGUGUGCUAUCAAAUCUCCAUUUUGCUCAGCUGAAGUAAUGACAAGUAUGCUUUUUGCCCCACGGCUUGUGUUUUUAAUUUGCUCACAGCUUUGCUCACAUCUGUUCAAAGGGAGGGGAGAAUAGAUGCAGCGCUGCUUGUUUGGUAACAUGGAGUACUGAUUGGGUCACAGGCUGCUCCCAGCCUUCCGGUCCCUCUCACAGGUAGCAGCAGUGAGUCAAGGGAUGAAACGGUGGAAAAUCAAGUCUGCUGUCUUUGAAGCGACAGGAUUUGCCUUCAUCUGGAAAAAAAAAAUGUAUUCCCACCAGCCUAUUAGCAAUUCACAUGAAUUCUUUUCACACUCCAACAUCCUUGCUUAAAACUGUUACUUACAUUUUGCAUUGUAAUUGACAGAAUAUAUGUGAAUCUAAAAACAGGAAAAAAAUGAUGUUAGAGGGAAUUCGUAUUUUAAGUAGUACAGAUAUUACUCAAAACUUUGAUUUCACUGUAGGACUUCUUUGGUUCACCAAAAAGCGCUAUAGUGGCUGGUAUAACUUAGGAUAUAUUUCAGACAUAAUGUUUAAUCAUCAGAAAAAGUUUAUGAAUGUUCACAUGAGGAGGGCAAUCUGUUUCUGCUUUUGGACAUAGUACAUAUGAAAAACUUUUCCUCAUUUUGCCAUUUACUCCAAGAUUGAUCCUCAACAAAAUGUCAAUAAUUGAUCUUGUAAUUUUAGGAUCAAUAAAAUACAUUUUAAAGCACAGCAUAUCCUAUAAGAAAAGCCUAAUGCUCUUCAUUUAAUAAUCUCCACUGUCUCAGAUUGAUGCCUGAUAUUACAAUUGAAACUAGAUGUUUAGCUACCCUUUUCAUUACAAAACACAUUUUCCAGGCAUUUGCAACUUCUGCAAGUGGAACCCUUGCAAAAAAAAAUCCCCAGUUUUCCUGUGAAGUCCAGUUAAAUAUUUCCUGGUGACAAGAUGUUCCGUUGUUCUAGAUACAUUCAUCUGGUAUUAAUCUACAUCUGUCGAUUUUAUGAGAUGGCAAUCUUUAUGUGCACUGACUGUGUUACUGGUCCUUCAUUGCAGGCUCCUAUCUCCAAUUAAAGUGUGUAGGGGUAAGACUGAAUUCCUCAUGGUUGCUGUCCACUUCUUAAAUCUCUUCA